AUGUCCGACAUCUCCGAUAAGAGUCCCGCCUACAAAGCUGCGUCCCUACAUCCUUCUAUAUACAAGGUCCGGAUGGCAACAGUGGAGUACUACCUACCACAGGAAAGCCUCACAGAAACACAGUCGCUAGCCCAGGUUGUUCCCCCAGGGGUCCCGACUGGCGACAACCAAGUCCAUGCCCUCGACUUCCCCGCCGAUCUUGAUCCCAAGCUCGACGAACAUCUCAACGCCAGCCUGUACUGGCGACUGAUCAUACACCGGAUAGAUGGACCGCCACAUGGAGUCAAGUCACACGUCGCCUGGAACAGGCUUCCAGAUCUCCGAAUUCGCCAGGGGCCUAAGACGGGGCCUGCGAGGAGAAGUUCUUACAUGCUGACGGUCAAACAACUUGGGGAUUGGAACGGAUUCGAAGCAGAAAUCCGCCAGAACAGAUUGCCCGAACCACCAGAAAGGGGAUUCCAGACAAAAAAUGAUGAGAAUGAUACCCUUGCAAUACCACACUCUUCCACUUUCUGCGAUGGCGCAAUAGUAGGCACCAUCGAGAUCUCGUCUUUCGCAGCAGGACACACGCGUCACCAAGAACCCAAAAGAUGCGUUGCCAUUGGAGAUGGCCUCCUUGAUUAUACAAAUCAUCGGUUCAGCUUUCUUCCUACAUCGGAUUCCCUCUCGCAAUCGCUCAUCCCCAUUGUCAACUUCCGAUGUUCGCCUCUGCAACAUCGUUAUCACGCUCGCGGACUGCAGACCAACGCACUGCAUAUACCUAACCGUCCGCCGGAUUUGUAUGGACAGAUACAUUUGGAAACAGCGAGUGGACGGGGAAGUCAAAACCCCGUGGAUCUAUACCAGCUUUCGCUUGGCUCGUUGAAGUCUCAUGUUUCUGAUGAAAUCUCCUGGGAUAAUUCCCAGCGGUCACUCUGUCUCCUCGCUUCGGCGAUGAAGAUUCCAUUGAAAACGUCGCAUCACAGAAAACCAAACCGGAUAGGAUGUUCAAAUGCGAUUUUCCACCUGCCCGACUCAGGGCUGCGUUUCGUCCUUGCUAUCCUGCUCAGUUCAGUGGCUGUUUUCGCCCAUACCUGUCCAGCAUGCGUCAGCGGAAUUGCAUACGCACCAAAGCCUACACCUUCCAAGGCUUUCAACCUUUACAAUCACUCCUCUUUCUCACAAACUGUCCGAUCAGAGUCAAAUGAGUCCGCGUCAGUUCGUAUGCAGAGUGGGCACGUCGCUAAGAAGACACUCGCACGGAAUGUUUCUGUUCUUGGGAAACUAUCAUCUCAAUCGACUUCUAGCAGACGCAGAGUCGACUGUAAAGUCUUCUGCUGGGACAACACUCGCAACACAAUAGAGGAUGUUCUCUAUGUCGAGUUCAAACGUGCCGGCAUCACUAAGGUUUUCGCUGUCCUCUCUGCUCAAUUGAUUCGACCUGCAAGACUACAACUGUCUCUUCUACACCCUGACUGCGACUGUGUAAUUCCCCAUAUCUGGGAUCCGAACUACGACGUCAUUGGCACCCAGGCUUGCCCUGGAGUCAAGAUAGCCGCACUUCGUGCUGCUACGGUAUCAAUUGAAAAUGGCCUCAAUCGUCUCGAGAACAAUGAUGGUAUUACCGUUGCACGGAGCAUAAUUCAGGCUGGCUUGGAAGGCAUUCGAGAUGCCAUUAAGGACCUUACUCAGGAUCAACCUACGUUGCUGGAUCCGAAUGUCGUUUGUUCUCUCCCCACGAAAAGAGAAAGAGAAUUUGACACGACUCGUUGUGAUGUUAGAAUGAAGAGGCUACACGAGUUUGUCGAGUAUUGCCUGCACUUGUAUCAGCCUUGCCAGGUAGUCAGUACAGGAUCAGCCAACAACGCCAAAACUUUCCCGGCCUCCCGCCGGUACACAGGUACGCAAGCCCUAUCCGGGCGCGAAUGGGCCUGGGUUCGCGAGCCGGUGUUGCGGAGUGUCGACUUCACAAAAUGUAUGGCCGAUGACACGGACAUGUGUCGCUUAUCAACUGAUGGCUCCGUAUUUUCUUCAAUCAUUUCACCAGGGCCCCAAAGCGAUUACUGCUGCGACUCUGCGGCGAGCCUGGCACUGCUCGCUCCCCAAGGCUACAAAGCAUACGACUGCGCGAUCCACUAA